AUGAAUCCCUAUUUUAAUCAAAGUCUUUAUCAUGCCGUCAUUCCCGAACUUGAGGUUGGAGAGUUUCUGAGCAUCCAGCCUGAAGCAAUAGAGGCCAGAGAUGGGGACACUGGGAUAAACCAGCCCAUAAUCUAUAGCAUCAGUGCAGUCUCCCCAAGUGACUACACAAGCUCCUUCACCAUUAACCCUGUCAGUGGCAUCAUCAUCGUGGUGAACAGUCUGGACAGGGAGGAGGUUGCCAUGGUGACUGUGAACAUCAAGGCAGCUCAGAGCGAUGACAGCCUCAAGACGGCACAAGCGGUGGUGUCUGUGACGGUCGAGGACGUGAACGACAACGCGCCAGAGUUUGACCAAAGCGGAUAUUCCGCCACCAUCCCGGAGAACUCCCCCGACGGCUCCUUUGUGCUGAGAGCCGGAGUCACGGACCGAGACGAAGGCGGGUUCAACGGAACGCUCAGGAUCAUUCCGGAUUCUGCGCCGUUCUCUAUAAGCCCCGACGGAACUGUGCGGGUGAAGAAUUCCACUGCCCUGGACAGAGAGGAGACUCCCAGAUUCUCCUUACAGGUGGUGGCAGUUGACUCCCCCACCAAUGGACUGAGCGCUACAGCCCAGCUCGACAUCACUGUUCUGGACGUCAAUGACAACAACCCCCAGUUCCUGCCCCUCCCAGACCCCGUCCUCAUCCCUGAGGGGAACUACUCCGCCCAGAACCCGUGGGACAUCUGCCGAAUUUCCGCCACCGACCUCGACCAGGGCGACAACGGCAAGGUCACCCUCUCCCUGUCCAAUCCCAACGCCCUGUUCCUGUUCAGGGAGGACGGGAUGCUCCUUGCUGUGGGCCCCCUGGAUCGAGAAGCGAAGGACGCCUAUGAGCUGGUGAUAACAGCCUUUGAUCACGGCACGCCACAUAGAAAGAACGUUACUCGCAUCACGGUCACCAUCACAGACGUUAACGAUAACGACCCAGAGUUCAGCCAGACCACGUACUCCCGGGACAUCCUGGUGAAGGACGCCAAGGAGGGGGACCUGGUGCUGACACUGUCCGCUACGGACAAGGACAUUGGAAAUAACUCUCUCAUCACAUACAGUUUCUCUGCAGGCUCUCCUCUCCUGAAACUCAACAACGAGACGGGUGAGAUCACCGUGACCUCUGACCUUUUGGAGAUCACAGAGGACACCAUGCUUAAGCUCACUGCCCUGGCACAGGACCACGGGGAGCCCCAGCGCACCUCCACAGCCUCUGUCCUGGUCUCCCUGUUCACCGUCAGCCCAGGAGUGGACUUCCAGAGCUCCGCCUACAAUUUCACCGUGGCGGAGAACAAGCAGGCGGGCACGCAGGUGGGCGUGGUCAAGGCCUUGGCAGGUAGCUCGUUGGUUGAGAUCACCUACACCCUGAGGUCGCACAAGGAUCUGUUCUCUGUGAACGAGAAGGGCGUGGUCAGCACGCUCCGCCCCCUGGAUAAGGAGACGCAGGAGUGGUACGCCAUGGGGGUGGAGGCCACGAACUCCAGGACUCCUCCCAACACCGCCGUUGCCAUGGUGUCGAUCCAGGUGGAGGACGUCAACGAGGCGCCAGAAUUCACCAGCUCAAGCUACUCCGCCGAGAUCGUUAGCAUCGCACCAUACAAAUACCCCGUUGUGCAAGUGAAGGCCACAGACCAGGACGUUGGGCAGACCGGGCAGCUGGUGUACAGCCUGGUGGAGGGCAGCCCGCUGUUCAACGUGGAGCCCUCCUCUGGACUGGUGUACGUGGUGUCUGUGGAGGGCCAGUCGGGAGAGAGGUUCCUCAAGGUGAAAGCCACAGACCCCCAGGGCCUUAGUGCCACCGCAGACAUAAAGGUGACGAUCCAGGAGAGAAAAACCAAUGACGCUGUGGUCAUCUCUCUAAACCGACCUUUCAGUAUGGUAAACGAGAACAUCCAUGACAUGGAGAGGUCCUUGGGGCUGGCACUGAACUGGACAGUGACGGUCAUCGGCAUCACGAGUGUAAACAGCUCUGUGGGUGAAGUCAGGAAUUCCAGGGACAAUGUCAAGACAUACGUCACCUUCAUCGCCACCAGCAGUGAUGGCACAAUUGUUCCCGCUAAAGACGUCGUAAGGAAGCUGGAGAGCGAGAGGGAGACUGUGACGGCCGAGCUGACGAAGGUGUUUGGAGAGGGCGUGGAAUACGCCGUGGAGACAGAGCCUGGUGUUCCAGAUUCCUCCCUACAGACGCUCACCGUCGUUCUGAGCGUGCUUGGAGCAAUCUUGGUAUUGGGGUUGGUAGUCUUGGUUCUCACACGGAGAGGCUCGAUACGGAUGCUGAUUAACUUCAGAAACAAUAGGGAAACUGACCACCAGAUGAGCAAUAUCAAUGCAACCUCAAAAUGCUACGAUGAAACAACAAGCCCGACCCAGAACACUGUGGACAUCGCUGCAAGCACUUUGAAUGUUCAGAAAAGUGCUAUAUAAGCUAAAUGCAAUGAUUCAUUCAUUGUGUUAAAACUGUCUUUCAUACGGUGAAUCAGCUGUUACACAUGUUAUACAUGCUUAAUAUAUAGCUGUAGGCGUAAUCAACAUGAAACACGCAUACAGUGCCUUCGGAAAGUAUUCAGACAGCGCGCUUGGAGUUUGCCAAAAUGCACCUAAAGGACUCUCAGACCACGCCUGGAGGAAACCAGGCACCACUCAUCACCUGACC